UUUUAGCAAUUGAACGAGCUGUUGCAAUUAAUGCAGUCUUAAGGGCUAGCAAAGUUUGUCAAAAAGUUUUUCAAAACCUUGUAACGAGCGAUACUGUUAUUAAGAAGGAUAGAUCUCCUGUGACAGUUGCUGACUUUAGUGCACAAGCAGUGGUAAACACAAUAUUAUAUGAAUCUUUUCCAAAUGAUCCUAUUGUUGGAGAAGAAGACUCGGGAAGUUUACAUGGCGAUAACGGAAAGGAACUGAGAAAUAAAGUCUUAUCAUUGGUUAACACUGUAGUAGAUACUCCUUUGGGUGAUAAUGAGUUAUUAGAUGCGAUCGAUAGAGGAAAUUUUUCUGGUGGCUCACGUGGACGAAUGUGGACUCUUGAUCCGAUUGAUGGAACCAUGGGAUUUCUUCGUGGAGAACAAUUUUGUGUUGGGUUAGCAUUAAUAAUUGAUGGUGAUAUUCAGCUUGGUGUUUUAGGAUGUCCAAAUUUACCAGUAGAUAUUAAAGCACCUGAGGGUGAAAGAGGAUGUUUGUUUGUUGCCGUUAAGGGACAAGGUGCUUUUCAGCGCAAGUUUUCUUCAACUGAAGAGAUAAAAAUCCAUAUGGCAGAUAUUUCAUCACCAUCAGUAGCUUCAUUUUGUGAAUCAGUUGAAGCCUCACAUUCUUCACAUGAUGAUGCGGCAAAAAUUGCAUCAUUACUUGAAAUCACAAAGCCACCUCUCCGAAUGGAUAGUAUGUGUAAAUACUGUGCACUUGCGAGAGGUGAUGCAAAUAUUUAUCUAAGAUUGCCUACUCGUCCUGAUUAUGAGGAGAAUAUCUGGGUACAUAUCAUUAGGAAUUCUGGAUGUGUUCUUAUUAAGGAAGCAGGAGGAACAGUUGCAGAUAUUUAUAACAAACCUUUGGAUUUCUCUUUAGGAAGAACUUUAAAAUCCAACAAAGGAGUCAUAGUUGCACAUUCUAAAAUAUUUGAACAAGUGAUUGAUGCCGUUCAGCAAGUUAUUUUAAAAAAAUAG